CGUGUGCGCGGUGGCGGGGCUGCCCGCGCUGCCGCUGGGCGCCGGCGGUCCCGCAGCGCAGGGCUCCCCGCGGCGGCUCUCGGCUCGGCUGCGCGGCCGCGGCCGGGCGGGCGCGGACAGGUGCGCGCUGCGGCUCCCCGCUGCCCCCCUCCCCAGGCGGCGACGAACCGGAUGCCUUUGGCGGGCAGAAGAUGUGUCAUGGGAAGCAGGCGAGCGGCGGCGGUGCCCUCCCGGCGGCGCAGCGGCGGGCGCUGGCCGCGGCGCUGUGGCUGCAGCUGGCUUUGAGCCUCGGCCCGGGGCCGGUGGCGGGCGGGUUUGAUGACUUACAUGCUUGUGCUGAUCCUGGAGCUCCUGAACAUGGAUACAAGACACCCAGUGCAGGUGUUUUCUUUGAAAGUGUGGUAGUCCGCUUUCACUGCCAAGAAGGAUACAGGCUUAACGGUACUUCAAAAAAACUUUGUGUGAGACACUUUAAUGGCUCCCUGAGCUGGAAACCAAGUGAUAAACCUGUGUGCCUACAAGAAGUCACAGAUUGCCUUGUUCCACAUGUUGAAGAUGCAGAGAUUCAUAACAAGACAUACAGGACUGGCGAUAAAUUAAUAAUCAGCUGUCAUGAAGGAUUCCAGAUCCGUUACCCUGACUUAGACAACAUGGUUUCAAUAUGUCAAGACGAUGGAACAUGGGAUAAUCUGCCCAUUUGUCAAGGUUGCCUGAGGCCAUUGGUUCUUCCUCAUAGUUACAUUAACAUAUCUGAGUUCGAGUCCUCCUUCCCUGUAGGAACAGUGGUGUAUUAUCAAUGCUUUCCUGGAUAUAAACUAGAAGGGGCAGAGUUCCUUGAGUGCAUGUAUAACCUUAUCUGGUCAGAUAGCCCACCUAGGUGCCUUGAUGUGGAAGUUUGUCCACUACCUCCAAUGGUGAGUCAUGGAGACUACAUCUGCCACCCACGUCCUUGCGAGCGUUACAACCAUGGGACGGUGGUGGAGUUCUACUGUGAUCCUGGUUACACCCUCACCAAUGACUACAAGUACAUCACCUGCCAGUAUGGAGAGUGGUUUCCCUCCUACCAAGUAUACUGUGUCAAAACAGAACAGACCUGGCCAAACACCCAGGAGACCCUCCUGACUACAUGGAAAAUAGUGGCGUUCACUGCUACCAGUGUUUUAUUAGUACUGCUACUGGUUAUCUUAGCCAGGAUGUUCCAGACCAAAUUUAAGACACAUUUCCUUCCCAGAGGCAACCAGGAGGGCUCCAUGGGUGACCCCGACUUUGUGGUGGUGGAUGGUGUUCCUGUCAUGCUGCCUUCCUACGAUGAAGCGGUAAGCAGCGGCUUGAACGCCUUGGCACCUGGAUACUCAGCUACCACAGAUCAGGGGCAUAUUUUGCAGACAGAAGAUCAGAACCCUCCUGCUUACCCUGGCCCCAGGAUUGCAGACAUGCUGCCUAAUGAAUAUGAGACCUGUGACAGCAGGUUAGGCUCCUCUGAACUGCUCCAAAGUUUGUACUCGCCCCCAGCAAGCCAAGCAGCAGCACUUCCUGGUUCAGAUCGAACUGACAUAUCCCAGAGCACUGCCACAGAGGCUGCAUCCACGAGUCCACAGAUCGAUAUUGCAGAUGAGAUUCCUUUGAUGGAAGAAGACCCUUAGCCUGCACAGAGACCUGCCUUUGUCGCAUUGCACUGUUGGGUGACACACCUCAUGAGGAUUUAGAGAUAGAAAAG